CUAACUCUCUCUAGUCUCUCUCUCUCUCUCUCUCUCUCUGAGUUAGAGCUUCAUUCUCUUUUGCUUGAACCUGGGUACAAGGAGGUUUUUUUCAGCUCACGCUCUGCAGAAGAUCCCCCAGGAAGAAGAAGGAAGGACGGAAGGAAGGAAGGAAGGAAGGAAGGAGAAUAUAAGAAGUAGAUUCAGAUGGGGAAUUGCUGGGGCUCUCCAACUGAAACGCCAGCCUCUGUGACUCCUGAUCAUCUCCCUUCAGAGGUCAUCUCCCAGACAACCAGUAACACGACAUCCUCAGGGGGCAGCAAUAUCUCUCGGAACAGCCGCUUCUCCGCGUCAAGCGGGGACGAGGCUUUUCCCAAUGGGCAGAUCUUGCCGCACCCAAAUCUGAGGAUCUACACUUUCUCGGAGUUAAAGGCGGCAACCAAGAAUUUUAGAGCCGAUAUGGUGCUUGGUGAAGGAGGAUUUGGCAGAGUGUACAAAGGAUGGCUCGAAGAGAAGCCUUCGUCAAGAAGCGGCAGCGGAUCUGUGAUCGCAGUAAAAAAAUUGAACUCCGAAAGUCUGCAAGGUGUUGAGGAAUGGCAGUCUGAGAUACAUUUCUUAGGACGGCUUUCUCAUCCGAACCUUGUGAAGUUAAUGGGAUACUGCUAUGAAGACAAAGAGCUGCUCCUUGUGUAUGAAUUCAUGCAGAAGGGCAGCUUAGAGAACCAUCUAUUUGGAAGGGGCUCGGCUGUUCAGCCUCUUCCAAUGGAAAUAAGGAUCAAAAUCGCCCUCGGAGCAGCUCGAGGCCUUGCAUUUCUACAUACAUCGGACAAGCAUGUGAUAUACAGAGACUUCAAGGCCUCUAAUAUUCUCCUUGACGGGUCCUAUAAUGCCAAGUUAUCGGACUUUGGAUUGGCGAAGUUGGGUCCUUCUGCUAGUCAAUCUCAUGUGACUACGCGUGUCAUGGGAACAUAUGGGUAUGCCGCGCCAGAGUAUGUGGCCACAGGGCAUCUGUAUAUCAAGAGUGAUGUGUAUGGAUUUGGUGUGGUAUUGGCGGAGAUGCUCACGGGGCUGCGGGCGCUCGAUACCAAUCGCCCAAGUGGAAAACAUAAUCUCGUGGACUGGGUCAAGCCGUAUUUAGCUGAUAAGCGAAAGUUGAAGACCCUUAUGGACUCUAACCUGGAGGGAAAAUAUCCUGCGAAAACCGUAUUCCAAGUGGCUCAGCUCGCCUUACGUUGCCUUGGCCCUGAGCCGAAAUGUCGUCCAUCAAUGAAAGAAGUCGUGGAGACGCUAGAACAGCUUGAAGCUUCGAGUGAGAGAGCAAGAGAGCCCAGGGCUCGUUCCUCUCAUUCUAUGGCUCAUCGGCGUGGCCAAGAGCCCUUGCACCACCGGUCCCCUCUCCACCAGAGGCAGGAAAAGGGUCAAGCCAGCCAACAUUCGCCUCUGGCAAGGUAAAACUGUAGAUCAGCGAAGACUUUCUUCAACUCUAUUCAAGCGAUAUGGUGGAGAGAACAGUGAUCGUUGGAUGUUAUGGAGAUAGGUUUGUACUGAAAAUUUUCGCACGAGAUGGUGUCGUCCCCAUUGAGUAGUUGUCCCUCGAAAAGGCUGUGUUUGCCAAUUGUUGUACCACUGUAGUGAGACUUCAUUGGAGACGUGGAUGUUUGCCCUUCGUCUCCUGGGAAAAAUUAGAGUCCGAGAGCUGUACUAUUGUAAUCCGAGUGGUGAAGUUACUGGUGGAAGAAUGUACAUUCCUUUAUUUCUUUUUACCAUGUGUCUUGUGUCCUAGAAGAGAAUAAGUGAAUGCUGCUUGUGUUGUUUCGUCACUAA